AAUAAUAAUAAUAAUAAUAAUAAUAAUAAUAAUAAUAAUAAUAAUAAUAAUAAUAAUAAUAAUAAUAAUAAUAAUAAUAAUAAUAAUAAUAAUAAUAAUAAUAAUAAUAAUAAUAAUAAUAAUAAUAAUAAUAAUAAUAAUAAUAAUAAUAAUAAUAAUAAUAAUAAUAAUAAUAAUAAUAAUAAUAAUAAUAAUAAUAAUAAUAAUAAUAAUAAUAAUAAUAAUAAUAAUAAUAAUAAUAAUAAUAAUAAUAAUAAUAAUAAUAAUAAUAAUAAUAAUAAUAAUAAUAAUAAUAAUAAUAAUAAUACUAAUAAUAAUAAUAAUAGUAAUAAUAAUAAUAUUAAUAUUAAUAAUAAUAAUAAUAAUAAUAAUAAUAAUAAUAAUAAUAAUAAUAAUAAUAAUAAUAAUAAUAAUAAUAAUAAUAAUAAUAAUAAUAAUAAUAAUAAUAAUAAUAAUAAUAAUAAUAAUAAUAAUAAUAAUAAUAAUAAUAAUAAUAAUAAUAAUAAUAAUAAUAAUAAUAAUAAUAAUAAUAAUAAUAAUAAUAAUAAUAAUAAUAAUAAUAAUAAUAAUAAUAAUAAUAAUAAUAAUAAUAAUAAUAAUAAUAAUAAUAAUAAUAAUAAUAAUAAUAAUAAUAAUAAUAAUAAUAAUAAUAAUAAUAAUAAUAAUAAUAAUAAUAAUAAUAAUAAUAAUAAUAAUAAUAAUAAUAAUAAUAAUAAUAAUAAUAAUAAUAAUAAUAAUAAUAAUAAUAAUAAUAAUAAUAAUAAUAAUAAUAAUAAUAAUAAUAAUAAUAAUAAUAAUAAUAAUAAUAAUAAUAAUAAUAAUAAUAAUAAUAAUAAUAAUAAUAAUAAUAAUAAUAAUAAUAAUAAUAAUAAUAAUAAUAAUAAUAAUAAUAAUAAUAAUAAUAAUAAUAAUAAUAAUAAUAAUAAUAAUAAUAAUAAUAAUAAUAAUAAUAAUAAUAAUAAUAAUAAUAAUAAUAAUAAUAAUAAUAAUAAUAAUAAUAAUAAUAAUAAUAAUAAUAAUAAUAAUAAUAAUAAUAAUAAUAAUAAUAAUAAUAAUAAUAAU